GUUGCCUUCUGCCGAGUAAAGCACACGAGAAGCUCUCUUUUUUCCCUUCUUUUCCUUCAGAAUGGCAUUCAACUCAUCCCGUCCCAAACGCUCUACCCGCCGCCCCCUGAUCUGAAGCGCUGGCUAACCGAUUCUGACACAUCUGCAUACGGUACCCUGCACACGAAGAACACCCAAUUUGCCGGUUUCUACUCUCUCGUUCCAAGUGGCCGAUCCCCGAAUCCUGGUCACUUUCUGAACCCGGUUUGAUCGUCCAGGCACCCCCUGCGCCAUUUCCUGGGCACCUCGAUAAUCUCUCCCGCGGUCUGGACGUCCGGCCACUGCGAGGCUCGAAUUCACGAUCCCCGUUUCUGGUCCUUUGCGAAAGCUAAGGGUGCAGGAGAGCGCCCAUCUACGCAGCGGCCCGUAUAUCAAUAAUUCCUAGAGCGCAUCAAACUUGGUUUGGUUACCAUCCACUACCGCCAGCCUGACACUUUGCGGCUUUCACGUCGAACAUAGUAGCCACCUGCAGCGGAGUCUCCUGUCUCCAAUCUGCUUCAGCCCAAGCGCACGCACAGGAAGGAUAACCAUCCGGAUUUCCAAGCUAUUUCCUAGCUGCUUUCUGGAUCCCGAUCAGAUCCUUGUGCGACACGUUUCCGGGACCGCAUCGAAUUGAUCUUCAGGGCAGGAACUUUACCUGUCUGGACUACGCAAUCCUUACACCAUUGUUCUGAUCCCGACUCAACCAUCGUCACACAGCUCCUCCUUGGGUAUCGAGAAACUGUGGAUCGUGCAUGCUGAGAAGCAUGUCGUCCCGUCGGCGCUGCCCGUAGCCAAUACCCCAGACACGGGUGGCCUGGUCCUUUAGUGUCUCGAAAGCGUGUAGCAGUAGACCGACUUGAAGACGCCAUACCGCCAACGGGUGGAAAGGGCAUUUUUCCAGCCUCGCAGGUCACCGCCCUAGCCGCGGACACUAAUCUCAGUCCACCACCGAGCCCGACUUCGCGUCAAUUUUUCCGGAAACCGAGCGGCAUGGAACGGAUAUUUGCGCUGUCGCCCAAGCCCACGGCGGUGUUGGACAAAGAAUUGCGCAUCAUAGCGGCGUCUGACGCAUAUCAAAAACUAUUCAAUGCCGAUCCGGCUCUUGGCAAGAAUCUCUUCGACGUGGUCGGCAAAGUGCUUGCUCCUACGGACUAUGCGGUGAUUGUCAGACUUGUACAAGACGCGAUAGACACACGCAAACAACAAAGGUCAGAACCUUUGCUAGGAAGUACGCUCCCGGGCUAUUGGCGCAUCGAGAUCAUACCAAUAUACGAUGGUGAUGAGCUAUUGUACGUUGUCGCAGAAGGUCACGAUGCUACCGAAGAGGUGCAACGGCAGCUACAACAUUACGCUCAGCUGUCAGUCGCCGAGACGUAUCAGAUCCUCGUCAACACUCUUCGAGAUUACGCCGUAUUUAUGCUCGACCCCAGUGGCUGCAUAGCAACCUGGAACACAGGCGCCAUGCUCUUGAAACAAUACACCCAGGAUGAGAUCGUCGGCAGACAUUUUUCAACCUUCUACAGCGAAGAGGACCGGAGGGCUAAGAAACCGGAACGGGAACUGGAGAUAGCCUUGCGUGAUGGCAAGGUGGAAGACGAAGGAUGGCGCGUUAAAAAAGAUGGCUCACGGUUUUGGGCCAAUGUCAUCAUCACCCCUAUUUAUCGUGAUGGGGAACUCAGAGGCUUCAGUAAAAUCACAAGGGAUCUCACAGAACGAAAAGCAGCAGAGGCACGCUUGAUCGCCGCGUACGAGGAAGCAUCAAAGUUGAAGUCCGACUUCUUGGCUAACAUGAGUCAUGAGAUUCGAACGCCAAUGCAUGGCAUGCUGUCUGCACUAGGGCUCCUGAACGAGACCGGCCUGACGACGGAGCAGAAAGAACUCACUGAGAUCAUCGACGAAUCCGGCGCCGUACUUUUACAGGUCAUCAACGAUAUUCUCGACUAUUCGAAGUUGAGCUCGGGUUCUUUCUCAAUCAGCACGGACAUCAUGAAUGUUGCCGAUAUUGUCGCAGCUGUACGGCGAUGCUUCAACAUCGGUUCGAAAGCGGAUUUCAAGUUCGAGGUCGAGCUGGACCGUCGCUUGCCAACCUUCGCUCAUUGCGAUCCCCUACGCUAUAGACAAGUUGUCCAGAAUCUGGUAUCAAACGCCAUCAAGUUCACUGAGCGUGGUUACGUACGGGUCAAAGUGGUGGUUGCAGACGAAGAUGAAUCCUCGUAUAACAUAAGGACCGAAGUGAUUGACACAGGUAUCGGCGUGGCGGACGGGACCGAGAAUGUUUUAUUCACGCCGUUUGCUCAGUUGGACAACUCUUCUACCAAGAGAUACAAAGGCACCGGACUGGGUCUAUCGAUCUGCAAGAGCUUGGCGGAGUUGAUGGGUGGCACUAUUGGCUUUGCUCAAAAUCCAGAACAGCGAGGCAGCAUCUUCCAUUUCACCGUGAAGAUGAACAAAAUUGACGCAGCCCCUGUACCGCCGCGAGAUGUCACCUCGCCCGAUGUGAGUCUCAAAGAGUUGGCCCAACACAAACAUUUACUUCUAGUGGAAGACAACGCGAUCAACCAGACCAUCAUGGUGCGGCAAUUGCACGCAUUCGGCUUUGAAAAGGUAGAUGUGGCCGGCGAUGGAGCAGAAGCAGUCCACUUGAUCAAGUCAAAGCCGCUCACCUACAGCUUGGUUUUGAUGGAUAUCAGUAUGCCAGUGAUGGAUGGAGUCACCGCCACGAAACAGAUCCGGGCUCUCGGCCAUAAUGUCCCCAUCAUUGCCAUGACUGCAAACGCACUGAAAGGCGAUGAGGAAACAUAUCUUGCAGAAGGUAUGAACGACUAUGUGGCCAAACCAGUGGAGAAACGGGUGCUCACCCAAGCCCUGCUGCGAUGGUUGCGGUGACACUUGUGGCUGUGGUGGGACCAGAGCUUACCAAACAUUGCAUUUUUACAAGUCCUCCGCCUGCCAACAAGCAGAUUGCUACAACUCGGUGUGUUUUGCCGACAGUAACGGCGCUCUCGGGUGGUUCGCAGCAUAAAAGGGUCGAUCUUGCAAGGCAGCAUCGGCUUGGCUUGCAUGUUCUGGGAUCCCUGUCCCUGGUACAUGGAUGGACACUCUGCUAAACUUCACCACUGAAACUCUCGUCGUUCCAGCAUGUGCUGCUGCCUCACUUUCGUGCGUUCUCUAGAAACUGGAGAAAGACCGGAACAAUCAAGCAGGACUUAAGAGUGACAGAAUACUGCUUCGUGGGUGGGAAAGAGUGCAUGAAAGUAUCUGGCAAGCCCUACAGCCGGCGUGCGGUGCCCCCCUUGGUUGCACAGGGCAAUUUAAAAUAACCCGAACAGUGUGAGGAUCUUAACCAAGAAGAUCAUACUCCUGCUUAGCCAAGUCCCUCGAUGAAGUGAUGAGGGCGAUAUCGAGAGCAUUGCCGAAAGUAGUGCUACUGCCAUACCUGACACGGGAGGGAAAUAUCUGGUUAACACCCGGAUAUUGAAAUUUGUCAGGAGGCGGAUUUUUACGUUCUACUUAUGACAUGGAAGAGCCGUCGACAGUAGGCAUUUUGAGCGUCGCCAACUUCAUACUUUACUCCAUUCGCCCACAAUUAAUUCCAGGAGUCCUAAUCCCUGGCACCUGGCCACGAGUGACGUUCUAGUUCAAAACUUGGUUCUUUGCUCCUGUCGCCUCACCAAUCAGCUGUAAUGAUGCUUUGCUGAAUAAUUGGUGACAUGAGCACCAGCCAAGCCUGAUUUGCUUCUAUUACCCAAGCCUGAAGCUAUCCGGGCUGGU